UUUAUCAUUGUACAGGAUAUGUGUGCCCUAUGCUAGUUGUAUGAGUAACACACGUUGAGCUCCAUGCUUCCAUUUACAACCCCUUAACACCCCUAUCCUGAGAGUGGAUUGACCAAGGACCAUGAGGGCACAGAGUGGUGGGGCGGGUCCUGUGUGCAUAAAAAGAGAAGUUUCUCUACUCUGUUCUACACACGUGUAGUUAACCCAGCGCCGAAUCAACCUUGCCACUCAACAACCACUACAAUCAAAAUUUCCUUCUUAAUUUCAAGAGCACGAUGGCAAGUGGGGUUACGACUGCGUCUGUUCUAGACAAAAUCAGCCAGGGACACCUAGAGUGCACAAUCUGCUUCAAUCGAUUCCAAACACCUAAGGUUCUUGCUUGUUCUCAUUGCUUCUGCUACGCGUGCCUCAAGGAGAUCGUGUCAAGCAAAUCUGGGAGUUCUAGGGUUCUGGCCUGCCCAGUGUGUCGAAAGGAGACACAGCUGAGUGAGAAGGGGGUUCUUGCAUUGCCUGAUAAUGCCACCAUGGCAUCCAUCAUUGAUGAGAUCAACGAGCAGGAGAUGCUAAUGAAGGGUCAAAAGAUAAAGGUCAUAUGUCAGGCGUGUAGUGAAGGACAAGACGCCGUGUCACGCUGCUUAGACUGUGAAGACUAUCUCUGCACAGCCUGUCAACAAGCACAUCUGCGGCUGGCCAAGCUAAAGUCACACAAGAUCACCCCUUUGUAUGGAGACCAGGCUAGCCUGGCUUCAUCAGCCCCGAAGCACACCCCAAAGUGUGGAAAACAUCGUGAGCAGGACCUUAGCCUCUACUGUGAGAAGUGUCAGGUGCUGAUCUGUGCCGAGUGCAUCGUUGAUGAACACAAACAGCCUCAGCAUAUGUAUUACACCACAGAGGAAGCAGGUGGCCUCUUUAAGCAAGCCGUGUUUAAACUCUUAGCAACAGCUGAAGCCAAGAAGACCGAGCUGAAAGGCAUCCGGGAUAUGACCGUGCACUCUAACACUAGACUAGAGUUUGCCAUCGCGAACACCAAGUACAAGAUUUCACAAACAGCAAAUACCAGCAUUGCAUACAUCCGCCAGCAGGAGCAGAAGCUUCAUGACCAGGUCACACAGACCGGACAGGAAAGACUCAUGACAGUCAAGAUCUCUCUGACUAACCAGAAUGAGAAGCUAGCAACAGUGGACCAGUGCCUUGAGACAAUCAAGACCAUCACUUCUCACUCCAACGUCAACGAUUUGCUCAAGAAGAAGACAAAGAUACUCAGCGAUCUCGAGGAAAUCACCAAAGUCGUUAUUGAUGUCAAUGAAAAGCAACGAUUGGAAAGACUGGCGAUUAUUGACUUUACUGCGGGAGUUAAUCUGGUGCAGCCUUUGGGAACUAUUCAGCAAUAAUAAAACAUUAUAGUCAUGAAAUUGGCUGACCACCUAGCUCCAACAAAACCGCUGUUAGAGUUAUUUCUUAGUGUACAAAAAGUGUGGAUAAUUUGUGAUAGAGAUCAAUUGUUUAGAUGUCCUCACUCGGUAUGUGCUUGUAAAUAGCUUGGAUAUCAGUUGUCAAUUUUUAUUUUAUAAACAUUUAAAACCAUUUUAAAGGGGUGGAUAUAUAUCAAUAAACAAGUAAUACGCCUCAGCUGCCAUUUUUCUUUUUGUAAACAAUUAAAACUGUUUUUAAGGGGUACUACGUAUUUAUAAACAUUUAUUACGCCAUAAAUUUGUUCAACAACGUUUUUAUAAUUUUCCUCCGGUACUAUCAGCCGAUUUUAAAAUGAUUUUGGGUUGAACAAAGAAAGAUUUACGAGAGCAAGAUUUGAAGCAACAGCCUCCGGAUUAAUGUGCCGGCGCUCUACCAACUAAGCCAUCAAGCCCUCUGUUGGCGGUCUUUCUAUAAUGGUCAAUAUCUUUGUUCAGGUGUGCCAGUCAGAAGCCUAUCAACCUGCAACUGCUGUGUAGCCAGGAAUCACACCCAAGUUUACGACACAACCUGGGAAGUGGCAGUCAGGGGAUCACCUUAAAAGGAUAUGACUUUUUACUUCAAAUGAACAGUAAAUGUUAUGUACUGACUUGAAUAUGUUUUUCCCCCAAAAAGUACAACUAUUUAGAUUUGUGGGAUGCAAAUACUUCACCAUAGCAAAAAUACAAAAGUUUUUGGUUCAUUUGUUCUUCUUCAAAAUUUACAUCUGCGAAACAUAGUAAGUGGCCAUACAUUUCAACCCUAGCAGAGUCUUUGUUGUUAAAAGAAUAAACUGACUCUGCUCAAAUAUUUGUUGCUUUUAUACCAUGGGUCCUUUUGGUUGUUACGCAGUUUACAAAAGCUUAUUAUGUUAUCUUGGUUAUUUUUCUUCCUCAACUUUAUUUCAUCCGGUUUACUCAUGUUUAUCUUUUAGUUUAGCUGUAAUUGUCUAACUGGCAAUAUUUCUUAGUUCAAUUCUUUUUAAUCUAGUUAACUUAAUUUGUUAAGUAACAUUUAACCUUCAAAUCUUGUAAUCAGUUUUUAAUGUUAUCCUUAUAUUCAUAUUUAUCUUUUAGUUUAGCUGUAAUUGUCUAACUGGCAAUAUUUCUUAGUUCAAUUCUUUUUAAUCUAGUUAACUUAAUUUGUUAAGUAACAUUUAACCUUCAAAUCUUGUAAUAAGUUUUUAAUGUUAUCCUUAUACUCAUCCAUAAUGCUUUAUAAUAACAAUGUGUGCAAACGUGUAUUUGCAAAUAUAAACAUUAGAUAAGUAAGAGAAACAGCGCCACAAAUAGUUAUAAAUUGCUGCACAUCAUAAAGUUCAAAAUAGUUGGAGGAACUUUUCACUUGUGAAAAUGCCCAGACCUCAUGGAUUGUUAUUGAGCAGAAUCUGUUUAAACAAGAACUGGACUAGAUAAAUAUAUCCAGCCAAACUUCUUAUGUAUGAUUUUCCAAAACUGAGUACAGUGGACAAUUAAAUAUGUUUCGAAAAAGUUUGGAUUGUCCUCUUUUGAUUACGAUUAGUUGAUAUAUAAUAACACCAGGGCCCAAUUUCAUGGCUCAGCUUGCCGCCGAAAUCUGCGCUUACGAUCAUGAUUCCCCGCUUACGUGCAAGGGCCGAAUUUCUGCACUAGCCUUGUAAGCGUAGAAUGCCUAGUAACGUGGAGUACGCACCCGCAGACGCCAAAAUUUGCAGCUAACCCGUGAAAUACGCUUGCCGUACGCACAGAAUUCCCUGCUUCCGUAAGCGCUGAUUCUGUGCUUUACGAUAAGCAUACCCAUGAAAUUGGGCCCAGGACAGUCCAUUGUGUAGCUUGCACAGGCCGCACACACCUUCGCAUGUUUUGUUAGUCCAAAGCUGGCAAAGGGUACUACAAUUCAUGCUCAAAACAUCCCUUUUCCCAAAGGGAUAUUUUUCCUUUGUCCUUUUGUUGUACAAAUUAUGUGAAGUAAGAGAGAUCAAUAAACUACCACCAUUGUUUAUCAAUGUAUUCAGCAAAUGGGAGGCAAGUCUAUGAUUCCAGCAGACCAUAGCCGAUU